GCCUGGCAGAGGACAGGAGGCAGGCCUGGGGAGCCUGGGAAGGGCUGGCUGACAGUUCUAUGGGCCCUCCCCUCCUCCACAGUCCCACCCCCCAGCCUGAGGCCUCUGGGAGCCCUGGUCCUGAGCAGCCAAUGCACCAGCCCAGACGGCUGCAAGUCACCAUGGACGCUGAAGGCCUGGCACUGCUGCUGCCGCCCGUCACCCUGGCAGCCCUGGUGGACAGCUGGCUCCGAGAGGACUGCCCAGGGCUCAACUACGCAGCCUUGGUCAGCGGGGCAGGCCCCUCGCAGGCAGUGCUGUGGGCCAAAUCCCCUGGGGUACUGGCAGGGCGGCCUUUUUUCGAUGCCAUCUUUACCCAACUCAACUGCCAAGUCUCCUGGUUCCUCCCUGAGGGAUCGAAGCUGGUGCCGGUGGCCAGAGUGGCUGAGGUCCGGGGCCCUGCCCACAGCCUGCUGCUGGGGGAACGGGUGGCCCUCAACACGCUGGCCCGCUGCAGUGGCAUUGCCAGUGCUGCCGCCGCUGCAGUGGAGGCUGCCAGGGGGGCCGGCUGGACUGGGCACGUGGCCGGCACGAGGAAGACCACACCAGGCUUCCGGCUGGUGGAGAAGUACGGGCUCCUGGUGGGCGGGGCUGCCUCACACCGCUACGACCUGGGAGGACUGGUGAUGGUGAAGGACAACCAUGUGGUGGCCGCCGGUGGUGUGGAGAAGGCGGUGCGGGCGGCCCGGCAGGCGGCCGACUUCGCUCUGAAAGUGGAGGUGGAAUGCAGCAGCCUGCAGGAGGCCGUGGAGGCGGCUGAGGCGGGUGCCGACCUUGUCCUGCUGGACAACUUCAAGCCGAAGGAGCUGCACCCCACGGCUGCCGCGCUGAAGGCCCAGUUCCCAAGUGUGGCGGUGGAAGCCAGCGGGGGCAUCACCCUGGACAACCUCCCUCAGUUCUGCGGGCCGCACAUAGACGUCAUCUCCAUGGGGAUGCUGACCCAGGCGGCCCCAGCCCUUGAUUUCUCCCUCAAGCUGUUUGCCAAAGAGGCGGCUCCAGUGCCCAAAAUCCACUGGUCCUAAACCGGAAGAGGAUGACACCAGCCAUGGACCCUCCGGAUCACACAUCUCUCUCUCUCUC